AUGGACCACCUUUCAAAAUCCGAACGCAAAAACAUGGAUACUUGUCUGAGGCGCCUGAAGCAGGAACUGCUCUCCAUGAAGGAGGCUGGUGAUGGUCUUCACGCACAGAUGAACUCCAUGAUGGGUGCUCUACAAGAACUCAAACUUCUCCAGGUCCAAACAGCCCUUGAGCGGCUGGAGAUCUCAGGAAGACCAGGACAAACAGCUCAGCUUCCAACUGAGACAGAUGUCCACUGCCCAAAUCAGGAUCCUCAGGACCAUAGAUCACAGUUAGUUCAUGAGGAUCAACUGAACACUCAGCAUUUUCAUUGUAACAGCCUAGAAACGUCUCCCUCUUCUUCCAGUCUAGAGAGUGAGAGCCUGCCAUUGUCUAGGAGGGUCUCAGGAUAUUCAGCCCCACAAGUAGACUUCUGUGGUCCACGGCUGAGUUACAUGGACAUGGAGUCUAAAGACCAACACCAAUGUCCAUCCAAUCCAGCUAAUCUGACACACCCAGCUAAUCCACCACAAGUUGUGGAUCUGUCUAGCAUACUCCACAGCCUUUCACGUGAGGGACCAUCUCUGGAUAAUAACUACUCACAGGACAGCUUGGAUGACUCCAGUGAUUGGACCUCAUCACUCAUGAGUCGUAGCCGGAACCGUCAACCUCUGGUGCUUGGUGACAAUGUCUUUGCUGAUCUGGUGGGCAACUGGCUGGACCUGCCUGAGGUGGAGAGGUAUUCUGAAGAGGAGGAGCAGGGAGGAGGCAGGCCUGACUCCCCAGCCCACCCACUACGUCUCAGUCGCUCACAGGAGCUCUGUCGGAGGCUCUCCCUGACUACCAACAUCUUCAAGAAGUUCUUACGUAGUGUGCGUCCAGAUCGUGACAAGCUACUGAAAGAGAAGCCUGGGUGGAUGCCACUAGAUCACAACCCACAGGCUGAGCUUUUCAAGAGGCCCAAGAAGGUGGCAAAGAACAAAGGCGGCUUUUACCUGCCAUUCUGGGCAGGGGGGCAGCAGAGCAAGGGCAGAGCCUGCUCUAACCCAACAGAGGAGAGGAAUCAAUACUCAGGAAUUUAUAUAGACAGGAGACAGGCAGAGAAUGUGGAGACAAUGCAUCCCUCGUUUGACUAUAGCACGGCAGUGUGGGUUUAA